UUUUGGCAUUUCAGCGUUGAUUUCAUUUUUCAACCCAGGAGGUUGCGGCUUGAUAAAAUAGGUUAUAAUAUAUGUAGAACUAAUUCAAUGUAUUGUUGAUUGUUUCUUUCUUAAAUAGACGUUUAAUGCAUGAAAGAGUUUGACUUGCAGGCUCUGUUUUGCUGAUCCACUGACUGAGCCAUAUGUUCAGUGUGCUUCGGACUGUCACUUGUUGGGCUGAACGCCUCACUAACGGCUGACAGACUCGCAGGCUACACGUGAUGGUCUUUGCGCGUCACCGAAGCGCCGUCGCACGCCUGGAGACUGGAGCAGGGCUGACUGACACUGUAUGUAGCAGGCUACUGUAAAUAAAGAAUAAAAAACAAACAAACUAACAGGGAACAAACAAGCAAGCCAGACAGCAUCCGGUUAACUGACAGCAGUUUCUCUCAUUCAUUCGCUGAGUUGUCUGUUAGGGUGUUAUCAGUCCAUUUUUCAGAUCUGCCAAGUAAAGGGAAAGCAAAACAUGGCUGGUUUAAUGGCAGGUUUUGGUCGUUACACCCACGCCGUCGUCCGGGGAAUCCCCGGGUCCCUGGCCAAAGAAGCGCUCCGGAGCAGCCAGUCGGAGGUGGACCUGGCCAAGGUGCAGAGGGAACACGAGGCGUACAUCGAGGUCCUGAGGACGAGGCUCGGGCUGGAGGUGGUCGAGCUCCCCGCGGACGAGUCGCUCCCGGACUGCGUGUUCGUGGAGGACGCGGCCGUGGUGUGCGGUGACACGGCGCUUAUCACCAGACCCGGGGCAGAGAGCAGGAGGAGAGAGACGGAGGCAAUGAAAGGAGCUCUGAAGGCUUUGAAUCUGAACAUUGUGGAAAUGACUGACGAGAAUGCCACACUGGAUGGAGGAGAUGUGCUUUUUACAGGUCGAGAGUUCUUUGUGGGCCUUUCCAAACGGACCAAUCAGAGAGGAGCAGAGAUCCUAGCAGAUGCCUUUAAGGACUACGCUGUGUCGACCGUGCCUGUGCUGGAAGGGCUGCACCUGAAAAGCUUCUGCAGUAUGGGAGGACCAGGCCUAAUUGUCAUCGGCUCCAGUGAACCAGCACAGAAAGCCCUCAAAAUCAUGCAGCAAAUGAGUGACCAUCGUUAUGACAAACUGACGGUGCCUGAUGACCUCGCUGCCAACUGCAUCUACAUGAAUCUACCUGAUAAGGGACAUGUGCUUCUGCACUGCACAGCAGAGGAGUUUCCAGAGAGUUCAAAGGUGUUUGAGAAACUGAAGGACCACAUGCUGAUCCCUGUGUCCAACAUGGAGAAGGUCAAAGUGGAUGGAGCCCUCACAUGCUGCUCUGUACUCAUCAACAAGAAGGCCAACAUCUGAGCAUGCUCACCAGGGGGUCUCUUAGUGCACGGUAACCAAGGAUCCCGAGGUUUAACUAUCUUUGUACUUAGGGGAAAGACAGGCAAGUUUGUUGUUGCUGAGGGACAAAGAAAAUAUAAAUUGGAGGGAGUCAUCUCGUCUCCCCUUUCCCCCAAAAUGCUCAAAUUACAUUAAAAAGUGUGUGAAUAGUUCAGUUGACAUAAAACACAAUUAGUUUUAGGUUAUCAUUGUCUCUGUAAGGCUAUCACAUUAAUUUUUAUUUUGCUCUUGAUUUUAUAUUUUAACAUUUUAACAUACAAAAGAACAGGCUUGCAGGUUAGAUAAUGGGUCAUAAAUUCUCAAGCCAACUGUUUUUGACAGUAUUCUGCUUCUUAACAACUAGUCUACAAACUAUUAAAAUUUUAUUCUAAUUAAUUACAAGUCUGAUGAGGGAAGAUCUGAUCCCAGAUCAGAAGAUUAGUAGACCAUGUGCCAUAUUGACCCCCCCCCAAACCUGCAGAACCCCUACUGCUCGUGUGUAGACCAAUCCUCACUUACUGUUCGAUGUUUACAACCCUUUAAGAGAACCACGCAGAACAGAGCACUGGACCAACAACACCAGGUGGAUCUGUUUGAUAAAUAGUUUUUGUUGGCAUCGAAAAGUACAGUCUUACCAACAUUGCCCUGCAGGUUUAUGAAUUAUGUAACUAACACAGACUUCUACAGUGAAACAUGUAUACAGUUGGUUUAUACUGUUUACAUGUACCAUUUUAACUGUGAUUUGAUUUUGUGUGUUUGGUUAUUGUGUUUGCAAUUGGGACUCUGUAUUUUGGAGCAAGGUGGAGGAAAAAAAAAUCCUGCUACUGCUAUAAAAAGGUUAUUGUCAGUGUUGCUAUUUAGCAGUCUUAAACUUGUAUUUUUAAUGACUUCUGUUUAUUUACAGUUGGUUCUGAGUAAAUUUCAUGACCAUUCAUUAUUUCAAAACCACUAACACACCAUUGUGUAUUUUAUAAAAAUGCAUGGCCAUCAAUCCGACUACUAGGUUCCUUUGAUUUCUCAUUCUAAAAAUACAGUUCUUGAAAAGCCUUCUGGAGAUAUUAACUUUUGGUGUGAUCGCAGUUAUUUGUUUUAUGUGAUUUGUUGAUUUUGUGAUUGAUAUUGAAAGUACUGCCAUUGAGACCUGACUACUGCUUAGUAAUAAUUGCUAUUGAUUGUACAGUACUGGAGAUGAUUUUUGACUGAUCUUAAUAAUUGCCACCAGCUACAGAAGCUACCACUAGCCUGUUAAUUUAUGCUACAAGGACCAUGGCCAUUUUGUUUAAACAAUUUUGCAUCCCUCCUGGUAAGCCUUUGUUUAGAUAUAUGUGGGGAUGCAAACUAAUCUGUGCCAACCCUACAGAGGACAGAUAACAGCUGCCUGUGUGGGAAAUGUAUGUUUUCAUUAUUAGAAGAUGAACUAAGCUUUCAUUUAGUCCAACGUAUAACACCUCUGCUCCUUUUUAAUGUACAAUGCCUGUAUGGAAAACCAAUGACUUCACCCCUGCUGAAUUAUUCUGAAGGCACUGUAGUUCUCUCAAACCAUUGGUUCUGCCUGCGUUGAUUACACUGGUUCUUUUUUUGUUCUCGGCAGUUUUUACUGACUAAGAGCAUGCUGUGAAGCUGAUGUCUGUUCCACUAAAUCCAAUAGCAAUGUGACCACAGUGAGAGAGUUUGCACACUGCAUGCAAUUUAAAGGCUGUUGAUGAGCUCUGUUUUGGUGGCCUUAUCUCUGUUGCUGAAUUCAUUGUUUGAGGCCUGUAGACAGUACAUGUAAACAUGUACACUGUACAUAUACUAUAUACUGUACAUGUUAAAGCCCAUCACAUCUGAAAGCAUGUUGUUUCUCAAUGUGACUGUAAGUGAAAGUUGAGGAAAUGACAUCAGGAGGUGAUUCAACCUCCCUCCAUAGACGUUUGUGUAUGGGCAAGCGGGCAGUGAUGAUGAAACAUGGAAAGAAUUCCUGCUGGGAGGAGAGGCUUGUACACCAGUAAACACUGACUCUCUUAAACUUUCUCUGUCUUUCUCUUGACUGUCUCACUCUCAGCACUCACUUUCUCCCACCCUCUGCUAUUGCCUCAUAGACGAUCUGGGCUAAUUUAUGACCAUGAUAUCAUACAGUCUGGCGAACACUGUAGAUGUGAUGGCCUGCCAUUAAAGUGUGACACUAGUAGUAUAUUUUACAGAAGGUGGCUGGCUGGAUGCAGUGUGAUAGCAUAGUACAGAGCAUCCAGUUCUGAUUCUCAAUCAGUUACUCCAGAAGGCUGAGCCAGACAGGACCAGUCAUACACUUUCUGAUUAGUACAAUAUCAAUCACUGGAUUUUAGGCAAGUAAAGUAAUUUCAUCUAAAAUUCUCAUCCACUCUCACAUUGCUCUAUGUCACCUCUUGGGUUGUACAUCUCUGGGGCACCACAACCUUUUCCUAUCGCUGAUUUAAAAUCAGAAUAACAUUUAAUACAUUUUUGGCUCUUGGCUGGCAAGGCUGGAUGUGAGUAACUGCUCCUGAAAAAGUGUGCUGACUUUGCUGAGGGCUUAUUUAUGCUCUUACUAAUCCCCUCACUCAUCCCCGUAGUCACUGAUGUUGUGUUUGCCCUUGUUCCAACUCAGGUCUCUUGGUUUUCAUACAAGUUGUGAGUAAUAAUUAUUUGAGUCAUCUUCAAUUGAGCUUUUCGCCUACUUUGUGUAAUAAAUUAACAUCUAGCAUCUAA